UCUAGCGCCAUCUUUUGUUGAUUGUUUGCAGCAGCACAUCCGAGACCGAGAUCCCGCGUUGAUCCGAUUCCGACUCUUUUGUGGAAAUUCAAUCUAUACUUGACGUUUGGUCAUAGGUCAAAUGACAUCAUGGCAUCAAACGCUACAAGGUCAGCAACCUCCAGCCCGGCCAAGAGUGAACGGAGUACAAGUGAAAAGAGCGAAAAGAACACCUUCACAGAUCUGAAGUCAAUAGUGAAGUCAGAGUACAUGAGCUUGGUGACUAACAGACGUUUCAAGAGAGCUGGAGAGAUUAGGAUGAUUUGGUCGGCCAAUCGUAAAUGUAUAGAAGAGAGAACGGAGGAGAAUGAAAGGAAGAAUCAGGAUCGUCCCUUCCAGUCUAUCCACACUGCUGCUUCCUUCGAUCAACUUCCCAUUACAAGAAAGUGUUCCAUAGAGGUUGGUAGUAACAAGCAGAAACAGACUGCCCCGCUGCAUACACUUAAUGGUGUUAGUUCAGUGCCAUGUGUCUAUACAUGGGCUCCACUUCAACAAAAUUUUAUGGUGGAAGAUGAGACGGUUCUGCACAAUAUUCCUUACAUGGGGGAUGAAGUCUUAGAGCAAGAACAGACAUUCAUUGAGGAACUCAUCAAAAACUAUGAUGGCAAAGUACAUGGUGAUCGAGAGGGAGGUUUCAUUGAUGAUGAAGUCUUUGUUGAGCUUGUUAGGAGUGUAGCAGCCUCAGAGCGUCAGAUGACAACCAAAAGAGAAGAAGAAAGUGCAGGCUCUGAUUUGACCCAGAUGAAAUUAGAAGAAUUGAAAGAGCCGGAAUUGAAACCAGAAGAAGAUUCUUCAUCGUCUGUUUUUCCUAAAGAUAUCAUCUUCAAGGCCAUCGUCAGCUUCUUCCCUGAAAGAGGAACAAUAGAAGAGCUCAAAGAGAGGUAUCGAGAGCUGACAGAGAAGCAGGAUCCUAACAUCUUACCUCCCGAGUGUACUCCAAACAUUGACGGACUAAAUGCCAAAUCAGUGCCUCGAGAUGAGACUAUGCAUUCCUUCCACACACUCUUCUGCAGACGCUGCUAUAAAUACGACUGCUUCCUCCAUCCAUACCAUCCAACUCCUAGUCAGACCAAACCCAAGAACAAGGAAUUCAGGACUAGUACUGAGCCAUGUGGACCAAGCUGUUUUAUGCAUAAACAAGAGUACUGUAUUCCAGAGCUUCCCACACCAUCUACUGAGAAGAGUAAGGGAUCUCCAUUCCGACCCGGCUUCAGGAAGUUGGGAGGCGGACGUUCUAACACCAGCACACCAACCAAAUUCCUGGGAGAGUUAGAACCCGAGUUUCAGCCAUAUGAUAAACCCUUUAUUGAGCCAGAGAGUAGCAGUAAUGACAGCUUGCCAGCUGAUACCAACCUUGUGACAUCAGAGGAAUGGAAUGGAAGGGAGUCCUCACUCUUCAGAGUCUUGAGAACUGUCUAUUAUAACAAUUACUGUGCCAUGGCGAGGUUGCUCAGGACAAAGACUUGUGUUCAGGUGGCAGAAUUUUCAUCGAAGGAAGGUGAAGCAAUGGAACUCUCACCAGAGCACAACACACCACCUAGGAAGAAGAAGAGAAAACAAAAGUUGUGGUCUAUGCAUUGCAGAAAAAUUCAACUCAAGAAAGGUAAAGACAAUUCUUCAACUCAUGUAUACAACUACCAACCUUGUGAUCACCCUGGCAAACCUUGUGAUUCCGACUGCACCUGUAUUAUGCUCCAAAACUUCUGUGAAAAGUUCUGCCAGUGCUCCACAGAAUGUCAGAAUCGAUUCCCUGGAUGUCGAUGUAAAGCUCAAUGUAACACCAAGCAGUGUCCAUGCUACCUUGCUGUAAGGGAAUGUGAUCCCGAUCUAUGCCAGACUUGUGGAGCAAGUGUGUUCACAGAUAAAAGUACAAGUGAAAGUAUAUCUUGCAAAAAUGUCAGUCUACAACGAGGAUGGAAACGGCAUCUUCUGCUGGCUCCAUCGGAUGUUGCUGGGUGGGGUAUCUACAUCACUGUUCCUGUCAUGAAGAAUGAAUUCAUCUCAGAGUACUGUGGAGAGAUUAUCUCUCAAGAUGAGGCUGACAGACGUGGAAAGGUCUAUGACAAGUACAUGUGCAGUUUCCUCUUCAAUCUAAAUAAUGAUUUUGUUGUUGAUGCCACAAGGAAAGGAAACAAGAUUCGUUUUGCCAACCACUCCAACAUACCAAACUGCUAUGCCAAAGUUAUGAUGGUGAAUGGAGACCAUCGGAUAGGUAUCUUUGCCAAGAGGAACAUUCAGACUGGAGAAGAAUUAUUCUUUGAUUACAGAUAUGGUCCGACUGAUGCCCUGAAAUAUGUAGGAAUUGAAAGAGAGAUGGACAUCCUGGCAGCAAAGUGAAAACUGCAUCAACCAUCAAUCUAACAUUCCAGGAAUAUAAGGACUAGUUCUGACACCACAAUUGUUGAGGUUUUUUCAUGGUUUACAGUCUCUUUUUAGAAAGAAGACAGUUUUAUUGCACUGUAAUCUUGUCUUCUGCUGAAAGCAUGGAAAGGAAUAUUCAUGUGAUAUGUUGAUGAUCCAAGUAAGGGAUAUUUGAUAUGAAAUGAUCAAGAGUGAAUAGAAUUUUGCAUGUAUAUUGCGAUAGUUGUCACUUUUCACUGCCAUCACCUUAUCUUUAUCUUGUCACCUACAUGACCACUACUAACAAGUUGAUUUCUUUGUGACUACCACCAACACCACCAUCAUUAAGAAUGUCAUCAAUGCUACCACCUCCACCACUGUCACAAAAUAUGUCACCACCACAACUGCCACUAAUAAUGCUAUUACCAUUAACAUCACACCACCACCACCACCAAAGUCAAUAUUACGAGUGUUGUUACCAUUACCACUGUUACAACCAUCUACAAUGUCAGCACCACUAGUACUUUAAAAACCAUUAACUGCACCACCACCAAAAUCACCACUAAUGGUAUCAUCACAAUUAACACCAUUGGUACCAUGAACAAUGUCAAUACCAUCACAACCACCAUAAUCAUUGUAGUCACCUUACAUUCAUCACUAAAAUCAGAACAUUUUCCCUAACCAACACCACUAACAUCUAAAACGGUUGCACCAUCACCGCAACUAUCACCAUCACUGGUUGAUACCACCAUUAUCAUCACCAUCUUUGCCACAACUAUUACCAUCAUUACCGCCACCACCACCAUCAUUUUCACCUCGGUGGCUUCCACUCCGGCCACCACCACAACUGCUUACCUCACUUUUGGCUUCCACAAAAUGAAUAAGUGGAAGACCAUGUUCUAUUUUCACCAGUCGUUAAAGAUGUGGUAAGACUCACAAAGGAACUUGUUCCAAUUGCAGACAAUAUGCAUGUUCCCUCUUGUAGACUUACAAUGUGCCCUUGUAUGUUCCACUGUAUUGAUAGCCAGAAGAGCUUUCAUUAUAGUUGGUCAUAGCUGCAAUGUUUAAGAUGUCUUCUCUGGAACUGUUGCAGUCACACUCAACAGCUGUACACUAGAUCAGAAUAAUAAAUCAUAUCAUUGUGUACGUGUUCAGGUAUAUAAUAACAGCUCUCGAACAGAACUGUUACGACAGCCGUGCCUUAUCGAUUAUCACUGUCACUGGCAAAAUCAAAUGCAUGCAUUUUUGUAAUAUUUUGAAUAUUUUUCAUUUCAAGUAGUUUUAUACUUAUGCUCCUAUUCAAUGACAUGUAUUUUUCUAAUUGUGAAAUAAAGUCGGACAAACUCAUUCUUGUGCAGAUCUGCUUCAUGACUUUGUCCUUAAAACAUUUUUGUUUAUUAAAUGUCUGUGUUUCUUAUAUUUGUAUGUCUUGGGCUCAAUUAAUAAAUGCAACUAAGAUGCAUUUCCCAUAUGCAUGUUUUCGAAUUGGUUGGCAAUCAAAUUACAUUCAAUUUUAGGAGUUGCUUUUGAUUGCAAAUCACUCGGUUAAAGAACCCCCCCACAAAAAAAAUUAAAUAAAUAAAUGAAUAAAAAAAUAAAAAAUGGAGACAGACAAGGCAAAGAAUAAGAAGGAAGAGGGGGUGGUGCAGAAGGAAGAGAAUCAUUUGCCGUGCACAUGUAAUAUAACGGUAAAAGAAGAAAGAAAACAGAAUUGAAAUCUGCAGGAUUUUAACCUGCCAUCUACUAGCUGACAUCAACUCUACCUCUAGGCUCCAUGCCACUACUGGUACUUGCCAUAUAGCAGUCAAGGAAUAGAUCCCGUUGGGUACCUAUUCACAUCACCUGGGUCAAGUGCGGCUCAUGUGGAUACAUAUUGUGCUGAAAGAAAUUAAUGCCUGGAGCGGACAUGCCAACCCUUUUUAUAGUAUUUGUUCCUCGUGUUUGCUUUGAAUACACCAAUACUUUUUUGUAUGAUUUGUUUCUUUUUUUUCUGAUCAUGGAGUAUGUAUUAUACACAGCCAAUGACACUAGUGCCGACAGUCCGAGACUAUUAAUAAUCACUCUCAGGCCAGUAACUUGUUGCAUGGAAAGAACAAGUAAAUUCUUGCCUACGAGAGCAUGUUUAAAAGAAUGAAUUAUGAAGUAGAGUCAUUUCACAUGUUUUUCACUGAUCUCACUACAACAGGCUGGCAAUUGUUGCAUUGAGACAAAUUUUUGAAAAUACUCUCCUUUUUUGUCUAAAAAAUUGUUUUCCUUCUAAGAAUACUUCUUUUUUUGUGGAAGGUUGGCAGGCUGCUGGAGUAGGAUUUGAACCAGUGACCUUCUGAUAAAAAAGCAAUCAAUAAUAUGAGAGUGUCUUCACAUCAAAGUUAAUCUUUGCCGUGCCGUUAGAGAUCUAGAUCUGGUACAUGUAGAUUUUACUUUGUGACAUGAAAUUUAAACUUUGAAAUGAUGAGACUAAAAAUCACCAACACUGAUAACCACAUUUGGGUCAUUGUGUCAUUAUUGCUUGGAAAAAAAAAAAAUUUAGCUGGGAAGUCAUACUUUUAGGGGCUUAUUUUCUCAUCAUUUACACCUUUUCAACCAGAUCAGAAUUAUUUGACAUAGGCACAAAUUUUUAUUCAUGUAUGCAAAUACUUUGGUGGUAAUUUUAUUUGAUUCUGUUCAAACUCAUUUUGAGAUCAUUACAACAACUAAUACUUUAAAAAAGAUCACAUUAUUUUAUAAUUUCUUUUGAUUUUCUAUAUAAUAAUUAUAAGCCCAUUUGAACUCAUGAAAUAAGAACAUUCUGGUUGUAUUUGCUAAUUCUUUAUCACAACUUACCUCACAAAUCUCAUUUCGAUUGCUCAGUUUCAAUUGCAUUUUUCAAUGACAUAAAUUUCAUAUUCACAUUCAGUGCCUUUAUUGUAAUCUCAAAUACUAAUGUUCUAUGUGAACUAUACAUUUUAUCAUGUAGAAUUUUCUUGUGUAUUAUGUCUUUUCAUUAAUUUAGCUGACAAGUGAAACCUAAUGGUCCACAGUGUCUCGCUGUAUUACAAAUACACUGGAAAUAAAUAUAUUUCGGAUUUGUAUUUGUACAUGCUGUAUAUGUAGCAUUUUUAUAUCCUCAUUUCCUAUCCUAUUUGACAUGCUUUCAUGCAAGGGUCAUUGUUCAUUUGUUAAAUAAUAUUUAUUUUAAAAUUUUGUAAAUAUGACAGAUGUACAAUUUCUGAUUAUUAUUUUGCCCUCAAUUUGUUUUAUUAAUCCUUUUCAAGGAUUACUGCUCGUGCAUUCUCAUUGUAUUUUAAGAAUCAUGAGAAUAACAUGUACACUUACAUGCAUUCAGUUUAUGAUUACAAUUUAGUUCAUAAUUUGAUGUAUUUCUCCUUAUUCCUAACAAGAAUUAAUUGACGUUACUAUCUACAUGUGUCUGUUGAAAAUUUGUCUGUUGCACAUUUCUGAUUUAGCUCACAAUUCAAUCUUUAAGCAGAUUGUUGUAUCCUAAUCAAACUCUGGAUUAUGCUUAUCAUAAUCAUGUUCAGAAGAAUGCAUUUUGUUUGCCAUAUUGUCAUUAUAGGCAAGGCAGAUCCAAAAAGAAUGUAAUAAAGUUUAGAAAUACAAAUGUUCCCCUUUUGGGAUUUCAUUUGUUAUCAAGUAAAGUCAAAGGCAUCAUCAGCUUUUGAAAGGGUUGGAGGGAGCUUGUGGGGGGGGGGGCUGCCCAUGUGUGGCAAAAAUAAACCAAGUGUAUUAUGCUGUUAAAAGUUCGUAAUUUUGAUAUUCAUAACAAGCAGCCAUAUCACAAGCUCUGCAUAGGAGAAGAAGGGGUGUGUUGAUCCCAGGGGGAGUGGGGGGGCAAAUGAUAAGUCCUGAACACUCACUUGCAAAUACUUUAAAAGGUUUGGUUUCUCCUUGUAUCCAUCUUAUUGUUUAUAUAUUUGUAAUUUACAGGUAAACAUUUAUUGGGGAGAGGCAUUCUAUCACUGCUCGUUCUAUUUGAUAUGCUUUACUGUGCGUGAUGCUUUUGUUUGUAUUUCAGAAGCUUUUCCAAACACGUCAACAAAAAUUUAGCUCUUACCAGCUAUUAUUUCUAAUGAAGGUUCAAAUUGUGGAUUCAUGAUUUUCCUUAAUUUUGAGUUUUUCACUCAACACAAUAUAAGAAUACACAAUUUUUUUAAUGGCUGAAGCUUAUAUGCCUCUACUUGUGACCUAUGCUUCUCAUGUAUAUAUUUUUAUAUUCACUCAUGUUUGUAUAAAGGUGAAAUCUGUAGUGUCCAAUGUCCAAAAAUUGAUUCUGAAGGGGAAUAGAAUAGUUUUGACAUGCUGACAGAUUUGUAUUAAAAUUUCUACAAACUG